CUAAACCCAGCACAGCCAUGGAUCCAGAAUAUUCCAUGCUGUUCUUUUCCAAAUAUGAUGCCAGGAAGCUUCUGGCCUCCCUGACCAUGUUCAGCCAGCAGUUUUCCCAGGUGCCCCUUUCCCUGGAGUGGAGCCUGGUUUUCCUCAAUGGUCUGUGGGAGAGGAUGCUCCGAGUGCCCGGGAUUGAGACCCCCCCAGUGCUGCUCCAGUGGCUCCACGAGGGCCUUGAGCCAUUCCUGGUGGAUCCCCAGGUCUUUGGCUGCCUCCUUGCCAAGGAUGUGUCCUGUGAGGAAUUCCAGCUGCUAGUGGCUGCCCUGGAUGGAAUCUAUUCCCAGCUUUCUGUGGAGGAGCAGAGGAAUCUCUACUCUGGGAUCAAGUAUUUCCUCACCCAGCACGGACCCACCCAGAGCUGCCACAGCCAGGCCAUUCCCAGCCUCAAUUCCACUGCCUGGUUUCGGAAUUUCCUGGGCUCCUUCCUGGAGCACGCCACCGUGGAGGACCUGCAGCUUUUUGGGGAUGAAGCCACACUUCAAAAAUUCGCCAGGGACCCGGUGAAUAUGGAGAUGGUUGGGAACCUCACCUUGCUCAGGGAGACUGCCCUGUACUACACCCAGCUCCUGACCUCUGCUCCUGCCUUUCCACUGUCCAGCCUCCCGGACAGGUUUAUUUGUCACCUGAGCCCCGGGGCAGUGGCCAACCUGAGCAGGGAGGAGGCUUUGGGAGUGGCCCAGAGGCUCGGGAGGAGCUGCCCCUGGAGCAGGGGGAUGCCCCGAGCCUCCCUGGCACCUCGGGAGCUGCAGGUGGCAGCCUCCCUGCUGAGGAAUUUGGAUGAUUUGUCCCCAGCCGAGCUGGGAGCCUUGGGCCAGGCUGCCCUGGGGCUCUCGGUCUCCAGGAUCCAGGAGAGCAUCCCUGAGGAGCAGCUGGAGGCAGCUCUGCCUGCCCUGGGGACAGUCCAGGGCUGGAGGGCUGAGCAGGCCAGGGCUGUGGUCAGCAAACUGCUCCUCUCUGGCUACCAGAUCCUGGAUGGACAGAGCCUGGCAGAGCUGGGCACCUUGGUGGCCGGCCUCAACAGCAGCAUGCUCAGGAGUUUGUCCCCAGAGGUUGUCCUGGAGGCCAUCCAGCUGCCAGGCUUCUCCCAGCACGUGGACGCCCUGCCCUCGGCUCUGAAGAGGACCCUGGUGGAAAAGGUUUCCUCCAGAGUUGGCCACCCCUCUGAGCUGGUUAGACUCAUUCCCAGUGCUCUGGCCAGCUCCAUCCCAAAAUCCCUGCUGGUUUUUGGGGAAGAGAAGCCAAACGUGCAGGAUCUCAACAACAAGCCAUGGACCAGAGAGCAGGCUGCCAUGUUUUUCAGUGAUGUGGUGAAGGCAGAGCCUGACUUCAGCAGGCUCUCCCAGUCUGUGCUCCAGGGCUUCACCUGUGCGGCUGCCAGCGCUGUGGGGGCAGAGAGGUUCCAGGAGCUGGCCAGGGUCAUGAGGAAGAAGAAGGUCAGGCUGGGCCAGGACCAGCUGAGCUGCUUGCUGAAGAUGGUGACUCUGCAUGGGAUUCCCAAGGAUUUGGACAGUUAUCCCCAAGACCUGCUGCUGUUUUUAAGCCCCUCGGACUAUGCAGGGAACUGCAGCCAGUUCUUCAUCCACGUUGGGAAGGCAAACGGGGAUGUUCUGCCCAGAGAGGCCCCGCAGAGGCAGCAGCUGCUCCUGGAGGCUCUGGAGUGCCUGGGCAUUCCUGGCACACAAAUAAAUAAAGGAAACGCUGAGAUCCUGGGCUGGCUGGUGUGUGACCUGGGGGGGGAGUACAUCAGGAGUUCUGGGGGCACUUUGCUGAGGGGUUUGAGCCACUGUGGGUCUUUCCUGCCUGAGCAAGAAGAGGCCAUCAGGGACGUCCUCAGCAGUGGCAACACCACCUUUGGGCCUCCUGCAGCGUGGUCAGCCUUCACCCUGAGCGAGCUGGGCGGGCUGCUCCCCGUGCUGGACCCCAGCAUCCUGCAGCAGAUCCCCAAGAAAGCUUUGAUCACCUGGCUGAGGAACUUUGCCUGGGAUUCCUCUCUGUCCAGGGAGGAGCUGGGCACCAUCGUCGGGGAGCUCCUGCCCCGGCGGCACAAGCGAGCGGAAGGAUGCCCACCUGGGCGGGAGAUAACAGAGGAAGUUCUGAGUGAUGACCUGAUGCCUGCCUUCUACAUCCCACCGGAGAUCCUGCGUGCCUGCCUCCAGAACAUCUCCCAGGAAAAUCGCCUCUUCCUGGAAAAUCACCUCUCCCAGGUCCUCACCUACCCCUUCAGCAUCCCCCAGCUGGCUGUGCUGAAGGAAUACCUGCACGAGAGCUAUCCCCGUGGUUAUCCCCAGCACGUUCUCGCUGAGAUGGGCCCUUUCCUGCCCCUGCUCAGCCCGGAGGAGAUCUCCACCUGGCAGCUGAGCUCCGCCGACACGCUGGCAGCGUUCCUGACAACGGAGCCGCGGCCCUCGGACUCCCUGGCGUCGGCGGCAAUCAAACGCUACGUGGAGCUGGGCAAUGCCCUGAAUGCCACGGCCCUGGAUGCCAUUGGCACCAAGUACGUGUGCCUGCUCAGUGCCACCGAGCUGAAGGCCAUCGACCCCUCCAGCCUCAAGCUGGUAUCUCUGGAUCCUUCAGCCUGUUCUCAGGAGACGAAGAACCUCUUGUACCAGAAAGCCAAAGAAGCUUUCUCUGACCAGCACCAUUCACCUGCUUACUAUGAGCUGAUUUUACCUUACCUGGGGGGGGCUCCAGCCGCAGACCUGAAGGUUCUCAGCAGGGACGACGUGAACAUGAACGUGAGCACCUUUGUGACCUUGAGGAGAGACGCCCUGAUGCUGCUGAGCCCCGCCGAUGUGCGGGGGCUGCUGGGCGUGCAGCUGCCCGAGCUGGCGCGGUGGCGCGGCCGCAGCCCCGUGCGCGACUGGCUGGCGCUGCAGAAGCAGGCGGAGCUGCAGCGGCUGCUGCCGGGGCUCACGGGGGGCGUGCAGGAGGGCUACAUCAACCUCGCCGCCCCCAGAUUCCCAGCAAUGUCCUCAGCCCCUCUGGGCGCCGUGGCCACGGUGUUCCACCUCCUGCCCGCCCUGCUCCUCAGCUUCUUCAUGGUGUCCAUCCUCUCCUGACCAUCUCCUCCCACCAGGAACCAAGAGGGACCAGCCUGUGACCUGCUCUGAGGCCUGGCCUCAGGAGUGCCCAGAGCUCCAGGCAGCUGGGAUCAGCCCAGAACUCACUUUUAGGUACUUUUGGCUUUCAAAUCACUUGGAAAAAAAAAUCCCAGUUUUGUCUGAAGGGAAGAUUCAGACUCUUUGGUGCAGGAUCUUUGCCUUUGGGACAGCCCAAGCCCAGCUCAGCUCCAAACCACUGCUAAACCCCAUCUUAGUGCUGGGUUUAAGGGUGAGUCCUGCAGGUUAAAAAUGACAUUUCCCAGAGCCUGACCUCGUGACACUGCCAAGACCUCAGGGUGGGACUGA